UUCAAGCGGCAAGCGGCAGAUGCCGAUGGUGGAUGAACUGGUUUGAUUUCUACAUUUGAAUCCUUAAAAUAUCGGGUAGUUUACCGCUUUGAUACACUUAUUUGGUGUAGUUUAGUUUGACAAAGUGCAGGUUACAUUUUCGACGCCAUGGAUUCACCUGGGGUAAGAAUCUUGGAAAUCCUUAGCCUUCCACCGAUAAUGCGCUGCCCGGAACUGGGUCUUCUCAUCGAUCGUGCCAGCUUGAAGGAGCUGCAGGACAUCUAUCCGAUCGUGAUCAAUUCGAUCUUCGGCAUCAACAGCGGGUCCGGGUGGGGCUUCCGGAUCAUGACACGGGACACGCACCCGCACGAUUUUGAUGUGCUGUACAAUUUUUUUAUACCUAUCGGGGGCCCAAUGUUUCGGCUUUGCUACCGGCUGCUAAACGAUUCCCUCAAAUAUGAGUUGCCGAUGUCCUUCCUACCUCCAAAAAUGCAGCAGAUGAUCGAAAGUGGAAGACACUCAACGUUCUACAGUGAUCUUAUCAAUAUCGACCCUUUCCGAAGACAAAUCGUUUCGUUAUCUUUGAACGCAUUUGACUAUUUCCUGUUCCAUUUCGCACUGCACGGCAAUGUUCCGCUGCAGCGACUCUGUCCGGCUGCAAUGAACCCGGGCGUACACGAGAAAGCGAAAACUCUGUAUCUGAUACUGACGGCGGAAUAUUUGUGUACGUUUUUACCGAGCCAUCCAGAUUCGAUUGUGCUGCCACAGAUUGUGUGCGGCAGCGCCAUCAAGUUGCCGUCCCCAACCGUAAUGCCCGUUAUGCAGCCAACGAAAUCUCCCAAAUAUCUGCUACUAUCGGCGCUGCAUCACCACGCUCCCACAACCGCGCCAAACGCUUCGAUGCAGCAACGUUCGGCCAACACUAGCAGCGCCCUUCUGGAAUCAUCCCGAACUCACUGUUGGCGGUCGGAAUCGGCGUUGCACAUCUUCAUCGACUGCUGGCUCCGACUAGAUAUCGAUGACUCCCGGGAGCUUCCCAGUAACGAGUUCAUCCGAUGUGUUCGUAUUCUGGUCAAACAGCUGCAUGCGUUCGGAAACAGCGGUGAUCUGGAUAACAGCUCCAUGGCCCUCCUGAGACAAUCAGCUCAACCGCUUAUGAAUGCUCGAAUGUUUAGCUUCCUCAAGUCGCUCAUGGCUCGCUGGCCCCUGGACAGUUCCUUCUCGGACGUGCUGGAGCUAUGGCUCAGCUAUGUACAACCCUGGCGAUACACCUUUAACCGGGAUCUGAGCAGCAAUGCCGAUCUACCGAUUACUCAGCGGCACGAAACCUUUAUAGGGGAAAAUUUGAUAAGUUACACGCAAAUUUUCGUACAAUUGAUUCCGAGAUUCGAACGUAUGGACCUCACAACCUUACGAAAUGUGUUGAUGCUGUUCCGAUUGCUUAAGGUUUUCAGUCAAGGAAAUUUGAUCGAAUUAUUGAGCCAAAACGAGGCAAUGAUGUCCUCGAAUAACAAUGUAUCCUUAAACAAUUCUCCCUUCAACGCGUCACCAACUGCGGGUAACAUUUCCGGGGCUUCAAAUCGAUCGGGAGCUAACAUGAGCACCACUGGCACUCACAAUAGAUCCGGAGGAGGAGGAGAGUGGAAAACUUUCAGCUCCCCUGGUCGUCCGGGGACACCCGGUAACCGAUCCACUGGAGAGCCAAACGAAGACAGUUAUGUGUUUCUGUUUGGGGAACAUUUCGGGGUCGCCAUCGAGGAGCUGUUGAAGAAAAUUUACGUUUCCAUGCUAAUAGCGAAAGAUAAUUUGAGGCAGCUGCAACAGGAAAAGGAAAACCGCUACCAGGGGGUGCUCCGGUAUUUGCACAAGUUGAUCGGUUUCUUCGAUCAGGAUCCGGUCUACACGUCGAUGUUGAACGAGCGCUCGAAGAUACCGGAAAUUUUGGACGUGGCGCUGCAGAUUCUAUCGAGGAUGUUUCAGAUCCCCCUAACGGAUGAACUGUUCGGCAACGAAUCGAUGGACGUUGAUGCCCCCUCGCUGAUCGAACAGAGCACCAUACAGUCCUCCUGCUGGAACUCCACCAUGGGCAACUCAACAGCCAAUUCUUCGCUAUCACUUUCCCCACAGCACAUGAAAACCCGUCAGAGUACCCUUCAAUACACCGGUGACCCCGCCCUGCUGCCCAUCCGGGCCAAUGAAUUCACCUUUCUGGUGCGGUUUCUUCAUCAGCUUUCGAGUAAACUGAACCUUAUGUUCGGCCAGGAGAUGGACCUUCUUUGGAACCGACAGGACCUCUGGGGUAAACUUAGUCGUCAAGUUCUCUGUCCUCCGAUGGUGGCGCAAAUUUUUGACAAAUCCCAAGGCUACUGCGUGUUGGUCCAGGAACCACUGGGGCCCCGACUCAACCUGCGGAUGCUGGCUUCCCACAAGUCCGCCUUCGUGGUGGUCUGUUCGUUCUUCCUGGGCUACCUGUUCUUCAACGCGCCCAGCUACGGAUUCAUGCUGCUCGUUAGUGUUACCUUUAUAUAUCUGUUGAUUCGGUCGAUGGUUUGCGACCUUUCCAAGAGUACCACCACCCCCUUCCCGAUGCCGAUGCCGGAGGAUUCGAGGGCUGUCAACCGAACAGGUUAGUGCGUGUUGCAUUUUUGUUUAUUAUUUUUUUGAAAGUAUAUAUUUGAAUGAUUUUUUUUUAUAUAAUAAAAAUAUCGAAUAGAAAGAA